AUGCCACUACCCACCUUGUGUCGAGAUGUCUUAUUCUAUCUGGAUGCCGCCGCCCUAAAUGCCAACCCGAAGGCCUCAAUUGCCAAGCUCUCGGCUAAGGCCCACGCUGCCCGGGCUAUUGCGGACCUUACUGUUGCUCGCGCUGCUCGCGCUGCUCGCUUUAAUGCACGCGUCGCCGCCGUCCGUGAUACCGAGUCUUAG